CUGCCGCUGUUGUGAUCGCGCUUUCCCCCUUGUGUUUACAGCGCCUGUGAGGGAGAGACGCUCGGAGGAAGGACCGGGAUCCCUGGGCUGCACCAGCGCGGAGAGCAGGAGCCCGGCUCAGCAGAGCUGGGAGGAUUUCACCUUGUUGCUGUUUGUUUCGGGAGAUUUUCGCUCCCCCCACCCCGGACACUGUCCAGCUGAGGGUUUGCUUCCUCACUGCGUCCACAGCCGGCCAGAGAAAGAGCGCUUUCUCUGUUAGAGGUGAUUUUUGUCGUGGUCUCCCUGCAAGGAAGGGAUCGGCACCAGCCUUCGAGGAGGGAGACAGGAUCAACUGAGGUUUUCCCUACCUCCGGCUGAACGUGAGGAGUUAAGUGACACCGGCACCGGCCUGUGGCUGACUGACUGCACAGCGAGCUGGAAUCACAGCCGGAGCUGCUCGAUUUACCUGCUCGAGGACCCUUCAAACCCUUCUAUUGACGGUAGAGAUUUGUAUUCCAAGGAAAAUCGGAUUAAUAUAAACUAUGCAGAGCUUUGCGAGGAUAUCAGGAGACUACCCUGUCUGCAUGGCUAAUCUUGAAAUUGUCUGAAAUAAAUCCUUAGCGCAAGGAAUAACGAGAUACUUUCAAUUAGUUUUUUUUUUUUUCCUUGUCGCUUUUCUCCCCCCUUCUGCGAGAAUUUUUAACACUUCCAUCGGAGGGUUUGUACAGGAGAAUGGGACACAUGCUGGAGAACUCACCACGCUCCACUAAAAUGACGGGGGUAACAGUUUCCAUCACUGUUGCGGUAUAAAAGGUUCUCUUUGGAUUGUCUGCUGGUGGCUGCUAAGAUGGAUCAGUUUCUCCGUGUUCCUGUUUGCGAUGUGCUGAAGGAUCCGGAUUUACUGAAAUACUGACGCCCAAUGAACUUACUCGCUCUCUGCUGAAAGCAUCGGAUGUGACAGUGCAGAGAAACAUGUGUUUCACAUUUCUGACUGGUUGUUUUGGUGCAAUCAAUACCUCCACAAGAAACAUUGACUUAGGUGGCGACUGUCAUAGCGGGAGGCACACGGAGCGCUGCUCCCGGCUUGCAGGCGGAGCGAGCACAAAUCAAAGAGCCCGCCGAUCCUGGCAAGUGGGGGCUUCGCUUCCCCCCAAAGCGCGGGGCACGGGCUCCCGACCCUCCUCAGAGAGCCCGGCCCGCGGGUGCGGAAUGAGCGAUGACCAAAGCGCUGCCAGGAGUGGCAGCCAGUCGGAUCGGAUGGGCAUCAGUGAGGCAAUACCGGUUGAAAGAAAGGUGGAUCGCGAAAUUAUUGCCCGAAGGAAUAGCAGGCGAGGCGGAAUGAUGAUAAAGUUAAACUUCUGUUUCAUCUUCUGUCGGGGAUGGUGGGCGUUUCUGUUGCUUCAGCUCCACAUGUUGCAAGCACUGGCACAAGGGGAUGUUGCACCAUUCUUCAAGACAGAACCAGGCUUGCCCCAGAUCCACCUGGAAGGAAACAGACUGGUCCUUACGUGCCUUGCCGAAGGCAGCUGGCCCUUGGAAUUCAAGUGGUUGCACAACGACAGUGAAAUCACCUCCUACUCCAGUGAAUACAAGUACAUCAUCCCAGCUCUGCAGAGGGCUGAUGCUGGCUUCUACCAGUGCAUCGUGAGGAACAGGAUGGGGGCACUGCUGCAGAGGAGAUCCCAAGUCCAAGUGGCAUACAUGGGAGAUUUCAUGGACACAGACCAGAGAAAAACAGUGACUGAAGGACAAGCUGCUGUUCUGAACUUCCCACACAUCCUCAGCCACCCGAGGCCCCAAGUGACUUGGUUUAGAGACGGGCACAAGAUUAUACCAAGCAGCAGAAUAGCCAUCACUCUGGAGAACCAGCUGGUGAUCCUGGGGGUGUCACUGAUGGACGCAGGAGGUUACUAUGUCCAGGCAGUCAACGAGAAGAACGGGGAGAACAAGACCAGUCCCUUCAUUCACCUCAGUGUGACCCGUGCCAGCAGCCCCUCGGACAGCGCGGCUCCCGCCAUGGUCAUCCGUCCCCACAACACCAGCGUGGUGGCGGGCAGCAGCGAGGCCACCCUGGAGUGCGUGGCCAACGCCAGACCUCUUGAGAGGCUGAGCGUGACCUGGAAGAGAAAUGGGAUCAAGAUCACCAGUGGCAUCAGCAGCUUUGGGAGACGCCUCACUAUCACCAACCCAACCUCUGCUGAUGUGGGGAUGUACUUCUGUGAAGCCAAACUCAGAGAGAGCACAGAGGAGCCAGCAAGAGCUAAAGCUUUCCUUUCUAUCUUGGAACCUCCGUAUUUCACGGCUGAACCCCAGAAUGUGAUUUUGGCUGAGGUGGAGAAGGACGUGGACAUCCUGUGCCAGGCCAUGGGUGUGCCCAUCCCCACCCUGGUGUGGUACAAGGACUCGGUGCCCCUGAGCAGGCUGGAGAACCCGCGGUACAAGGUGCUGCUGAGCGGGGGGCUGCGCAUCCACGCGCUGCGGCCGCAGGACGCCGGCAUCUUCCAGUGCUUCGCCAGCAACCAGGCUGGGGAGAUCCACACCUACACCUACCUGGAUGUCACCAACAUCAAGCCAACCUUUAUCCAGCCCCCAGAGGACACCACGGUCACUGAGGGGAUGACUGCAGUUCUGACCUGUGAGGUUUCAGGGGCUCCACGACCUGCCAUCUCCUGGAAGAAAGGAGAGCAGAUCUUAGCCAGUGGCUCAGUGCAGAUUCCUCGCUUCGUUCUCCUCGAGUCUGGAGGGCUCCAGAUAACGCCCGUGUUCCUGCAGGAUGCUGGCAAUUACACUUGCUGUGCAGCCAACUCUGAAGGAGCUCUGAAUGCUUUUGUGAUGCUGACAGUGUGGAAUCGCACUUCCAUCGUCCGCCCUCCCGAGGACAGCACGGUGAUCAAAGGAACCACGGCCACCCUGCGCUGCGAGGCCACGCACGACCCCAGAAUCUCAAUCAGGUACCUUUGGAAGAAGGACAGUGCUGUAAUAAACCCAUCCAGCAGUUCCAGGAUCACAGUGGAGAAGGAUGGGACCCUCCUGAUCAGCCAGACGUGGUCGGGGGACAUCGGGGAUUACACCUGUGAGGUCAUUUCUUCCGGAGGGAACAACUCCAGGGCAGCGCGGCUGGAAGUGAUAGAGCUGCCUCACUCCCCUCAGAACCUGGUGGCCACGCUCAACUCCUCCUACAGCCGCAGCGUGGUGCUCUCCUGGGUGCGCCCCUUCGACGGCAACAGCCCCGUGCUCUACUACGUGGUGGAGCUCUCUGAGAACAAUUCUCCCUGGAAGGUUCACCUGUCCAACCUUGACCCGAAGAUGACCGGGGUCACUGUGAGUGGCCUCACCCCAGCCAGGACCUACCAGUUCAGGGUGUGUGCGGUCAACCAGGUGGGCAAGGGGCGCUACAGCACCGAGACCAGCAGGUUGAUGCUACCUGAGGAGCCCCCCAGUGCUCCCCCUAAAAACAUUGUGGCCAGUGGGAGAACCAAUCAGUCCAUCAUGGUCCAGUGGCAGCCUCCUCCUGAGAGUGAGCACAAUGGGGUUCUUCAUGGCUACAUCCUGAGGUAUCGCCUGGCCGGCCUCCCGGGAGAGUACCAGUACAAAAACAUCACCAGUGCAGAAAUCAACUACUGCUUGGUCAAAGACCUCAUCAUUUGGACCCAGUAUGAAAUCCAGGUGGCAUCCUACAAUGGAGCUGGGCUGGGAGCCUUCAGCAGGCCCGUGACAGAGUACACACUGCAGGGAGUGCCCACAGCUCCACCUCAGAACGUGCAGGUUGAAGCUGUGAAUUCCACGACCAUCCAGUUCUUCUGGAACCCUCCACCCCAGCAGUUCAUCAACGGCAUCAACCAAGGGUACAAGCUCCUGGCGUGGCCGGUGGAUGCUCCAGAGAGUGUGACCGUGGUCACCAUCGCUCCGGAUUUCCAUGGGGUCCACAGUGGCUGCAUCACCAACCUGAAGAAAUUCACCAGCUACUACACCUCAGUGCUGUGCUUCACCACGCCAGGGGAUGGCCCUCGGAGCCCUCCCCAGCUCCUGCGCACCCUGGAGGACAAGCCAGGAGCUGUGGGACACCUGAGCUUCACUGAGAUUCUGGACACCUCACUCAAGGUCAGCUGGCAAGAACCUGUAGAGAAGAAUGGCAUCAUCACAGGGUACCAGAUCUCCUGGGAGGUGUAUGGCAGGAACGAGUCGCGCCUGGCCCGCAGCCUGUCCAACAGCACCCUGGAGUACAAGAUCACGGGGCUGUCCUCCCUCACCACCUACACCAUCGAGGUGGCGGCCGUCACCGCGCAGGGCAGCGGCUGGGUCACCUCCUCCACCAUCUCCUCUGGAGUGCCCCCAGAACUUCCAGGUGCUCCCACCAACCUGGUGAUUUCCAACAUCAGCCCUCGCUCUGCCACGCUUCAAUUCCGCCCGGGAUACGAUGGCAAAACCUCCAUCUCCAAGUGGAUAGUGGAGGGCCAGGUUGGUGUGCUGGGUGAUGAAGAAGAAUGGGUGACUCUUCAUGAGGUGGAGAAUGAACCUGAUGCUCAGAUGCUGGAGGUACCAAACCUCACUCCCUACACUCAUUACAGGUUCCGGAUGCGGCAGGUGAACGUGGUGGGCCCCAGCCCCCUGAGCCAACCCUCGAGGGUCAUCCAGACCCUGCAGGCGCCGCCGGACGUGGCCCCCGGCAGCGUCACCGUGCGCACGGCCAGCGAGACCAGCCUGUGGCUGCGAUGGGUGCCACUCCCCGACACGCAGUACAACGGGAACCCCGAGUCGGUGGGCUACAGGAUCCGGGCGUGGCGCGUGGACCUGCCCGCCCCAGCGCUGCUGAAGGUGCUGCCCGACCGCCUGGCGCGGGAGUGCACGCUGGAGGAGCUGCAGGAGUGGACGGAGUACGAGCUGCAGGUCCAGGCCUUCAACGCCAUCGGCGCCGGGCCCUGGAGCGAGGCCGUCAGAGGCCGCACGCGGGAGUCGGUUCCCUCUGCUCCUCCUGAGAAUGUCUCUGCUGAAGCUGUGAGCUCAACCCAGAUCCUGCUGACCUGGGCAGCAGUUCCUGAGUCUGAGCAGAACGGUCUCAUCCUGGGCUACAAGAUCCUUUACAAAGCAAGGGAUUUGGACGCAGAGCCCAAGAGCCAAACAGUGAGGGGGAACCACACGCAGUCAGUGCUGCUCUCAGGCCUGAGGAAGUUUGUCCUCUACGAGCUCCAGGUGCUGGCAUUCACCCGCAUUGGGGAUGGGGUCCCCAGCUCCCCAGCAGUGACUGAGAGAACCAAGGAUGAUGCCCCCGGGCCCCCCGUGAGGAUGGUGUUCCCCGAGGUGAGGCUGACGUCCGUGCGCAUCGUCUGGCAGCCGCCCGAGGAGCCCAACGGGAUCAUUCUGGGGUACCAGGUCGCCUACCGCCUGGCCAGCAGCAGCCCCAACAAGUUCACCACGGUGGAGGUUGGCUCCACAGUCCGGCAGUUCACAGCUACAGACCUGAGCCCAGAGUCAGCCUACAUCUUCAGGACAUCUGCCAAGACCAGGCAGGGCUGGGGGGAGCCUCUGGAAGCCACGGUGAUCACCACUGAGAAACGAGAGCGACCAGCACCUCCCAGGCAGGUGAUGACCCCCCAGGCUGACGUGUCCUCCCGGAGCCUGGUGCUGACCUGGGUCCCUGGCAGCGAUGGAUCAUCUCCCAUCCGAUACUUCACAGUCCAAGUGCGGGAGCUGCCACACGGGGACUGGCAAACCUACUCCUCCUCCAUCAGCCACGAGGCCACAUCCUGCCUGAUCGAAAGCUUGAACCCCUUCACCUCCUACAAGCUGCGAGUGAAGGCCACCAACGACAUCGGGGACAGCGACUUCAGCGCGGAGACAGAGGCGGUCACGACCCUGCAGGAUGUUCCAGAUGAACCACCCAGCUCUGUGUUAGUAACUCCCCACACGACUUCCUCUGUCCUUGUGCAGUGGCAGCCCCCCAGGAUGGAGAGCGUGAACGGGCUCCUGCUGGGAUAUCGCAUCUACUACCGCGAGCUGGACUACGACACCGGAGCUGGCACGGAAUCCAAAACCAUCCAGAACCCCUCAGCCCUGAGAGCAGAGCUCACACCCCAAAGCAGCUUCAAGACAGUGAACAGCAGCUCUGCAUUAACGACGUAUGAAUUAACACAAUUGAAGAAAUACAAGAGAUAUGAAGUGCUAAUGACAGCAUAUAAUGUCAUUGGUGAGAGCCCUACCAGCACACCAGUGGAAGUGUUUGUGGGUGAAGCAGCACCGGCGCUGGCCCCACAGAACAUCCAAGUCCACUCCCUUUCCGCGAGCCAGCUGGAGCUCACCUGGGACCCCCCUCCUGCCGACAGCCAGAACGGGAACAUCCAAGGCUACAAGAUUUAUUACUGGGAGAGCGACACCCUGAACGACACGGAGAAGGUGAAGGUGCUUCACCCAGUGCUCCCAGCUUCCUGGCCUUCUCUGAAAUCACCUGCACAACCCUCAACGUGUCUUGGGGCGAGCCAACAGCAGCAAAUGGAGUCCUGCAGGGUUAUCGAGUUGUCUACGAGCCUCUGGCUCCUGUCCAGGGGGUGAGCAAGGUGGUGACAGUGGACAUCAAGGGGAACUGGCAGCGCUGGCUGAAGGUGCGGGAUCUCACCAAGGGCGUCACCUAUUUAUUCCGAGUGCAAGCCCGAACCAUCGCCUAUGGACCUGAGCUGCAAGCCAACAUCACAGCUGGGCCAGCAGAAGGGUCUCCUGGCUCCCCUCAGGAAAUCCUGGUGACAAAAUCGUCUUCUGGGCUGACACUGCAAUGGACUGAGGGAGAUUCAGGAGAAAAACCCACAACUGGCUACAUUAUAGAGGCACGACCCUCAGACGAAGGACUCUGGGAUAUGUUUGUGAAGGACAUCCCUCGCAGCGCCACCUCCUACACUGUGGGCCUGGACAAGCUCAGACAAGGAGUCACCUAUGAAUUCCGGGUGGUGGCUGUCAACGAGUUUGGCUAUGGAGAGCCAAGUGUUCCUUCUGUGGCAGUCUCAGCACAAACAGAAGCCCCUUUCUAUGAGGAGUGGUGGUUUCUGCUGGUGAUGGCUCUCUCAAGCCUCAUCCUCAUCCUGCUGGUGGUGUUUGCAUUGGUCCUGCACGGCCAGAGCAAGAAGUACAAGAACUGCAAUGGAGGUAAAACCAUCUCCAAUGUGGAAGAGUCAGUCACCCUGGACAACGGAGGCUUCACUGCUCUGGAGCUCAACAGCAGACACCUGAACAUCAAGAGCACCUUCUCAAAGAAGAAUGGAACCAGGUCUCCUCCUCGGCCAAGCCCAGGGGGGCUGCACUACUCUGAUGAGGAUAUCUGCAACAAGUACAACGGGGCUGUGCUGACCGAGGGCUUGGGCCUCAAUGAGAAGCCCCUGGAGGUGUCAGAGUCAGAGGUCACUGACUCGGAUUACGAGGACGAGUUGCCCAAGCACUCCUUUGUGAACCAUUACAUGAGCGACCCCACCUACUACAACUCGUGGAAGCGGCAGCAGAAAGGGGUGAAGCAGCACCCGGCGUCCUACAGAUACGAGGAGUGCACGGCCGGCGAGGCAGAGCCCUAUUUCCAGACUGUCAUCACCACACAGAGCUCAGGAGGGGUGUACACCCCCACGGGGCAGCCCGCGCCCGGCUCCCGGACUCCAGUGACAGGAUUCUCGUCCUUUGUCUGAGCUGGGACACGGCGGGACAGCCGCAGUGACCGCGUGUGCGGGUGGCGCUGAACUCUGGGGGACCUCUCUGAUCAGGGUAGAAACGGAUGGGAACACACCUGAGGCUGGGUUGAUGGUGUUUUGGUUGGGUUUUUUGGUUUUUUGGUUGGUUUUUUUUUUUUUUUUUCCUUUCUGAAGACAAUCAACUCUAUGAAAACACGGAGCUGAACUAGCUGAAUCUUUGUUUAACAAAACAAAAAGACAAAAAAGGAAUUCUGAACAGUGAUGAUUUUAACCACUUGUGAAUAGUAGGGGUUUUUUAACCGCUUUUUGUAACACUGCUUCAGGAAGCAGCUCCCAUGCCCUUCUCCUUCCCUCUUUCUUUCUCUGCCCUCCUCCUGUCCCACUGCUCCCAAACAAGCAGGUGAAUUCCCUAGAUGCAAUGAGUGACUCUGUGAUGUGAUUUGAAGAGAAAACAUAAAACCUCCCAGGCUCCUUUUUCUUCCUUUUUCUCUACUCUUUUUUAUUUUCUUUUUCUCUUCUUUUUAAUUUUUCUCUGUCAUCAAAGUUAAGUAGUAAAACAUAGAAAAUGGUCACAUUUUUAGGUGAAAAGCAGACACCUCUCUUCUCCUCACUGCUCCACACAUUAGGAGUACUGGCUGAUCAGUGUAGGCUCAGAUGUGUCACCAUGUCUGCUCUAAGCUCACUACUGGUGUAUUUAUAUUCAAAUACUGACCUGCUUUUCUUUCUUCUUCAAAUGGGACCUGCUGCAUUCUUUAAAUAUUCCAACUCCAGGGCCUUUGAAAGAGGAGAUGGCUCAAAAGAGCACUGUAGGCAGUGGUGGGUGAAGCAAGUGGGAAGAAUUCAGAUGUAAGGUCAGUUUAUUUUUGGUGUGGCGCUAAUGCUCCUUGUGGACUGCGUGUACUACUUGAAUCAGUCAUUUUUUAAAAGUCAGAGGACACAACCCAGCAAGCCAGAGGAAUUUUUCAAUUAAAAUUGCAGUGACAACCUAGAGAGUUUACUAAUUGAUGAGGGUUUCGAUCAUCAGAGUUACCAUGCCCUGCCAACAGAAGUUGAACAUCCUUUCUCACACAGACUCUGCAGUUCUGUUUAUUAGUCUGUAAAAAAGUACAGAGUGGCAGGGUUUGUUUGAUUUUAUUUUUUUUAGUACAAAGACACACCACACAGACUGGGUGAGUUUUGGUGUCCACAGGUGCCUUUUAUUGAUUCUGCAGCUUCAUAUCUGGGAGAAGCAAAAAAGUGUCUCCAAAUAAAGCUAACCAGGUUUUUCAGGCUUUGGGGUCAUGAAUUUACCUUGUGCACAUUUACAGCCUGCUCUGUGCACUUGAACCUACAGCCUUUGGAAGGAAAAGAGGAGACUUUUAGUUUAUUUUUCAUCUUUUUGUACAGCUCACUUUGUGUUUUCUUCUUUUCUAUCCUUUUUCUGAGUCUGUCAUGUUUAGUAGCAAGUUGUUUACUCACAAGUUGUCAGGCAUUGAAAGAAUCCAAGUAGCAACAGUCCUGGGUCACCAGACUUUUUAUCAUAAGAUUUUGAAAGAUGAAUUUGGAAGUAGGAGAGUCCUUGCCACGUCAGGAUCUGGCAUUUUCUUCCAGGUGGAUAAGCCAGGAAAAUUGGUGCUUGCUUGGUCCUGUCAAGGCUCAUGUGGGCGUUGUUACCACAGAAAAUUGUCCCUGUCCUCUCAAGGGAUGUGGGACAUCUGUCGCAGGGGGAGGUGGUGUCUUCAGAGCAGGUUGUUGAAACCAGGCUGCCCAGGGGCCUGGCUGGGAGUAUCCUGGUGGCAGAACCAGAACAGGUCCAAGGGCCAGCUCAGCCUUGCUGUCACCUUUCAGUGCCUCUUGGACAGGGCAAACUAUCUCAGAACUGCUUUGACUCUUGGGCACUGCCUCCAAGCACUGCUGCUCUUGGUGCAUGCACACUCUGCAUUGCUUUGGCACUGGAUUGCUGUUCCUCUCCAAAGGUUCCAGGAAGAAAAAGUUCAAAACCAAAAACUCCAGUGGGUGUGUUUAAGGGCUUUUGAGUUUGGGAUAAUGAUCUGCAGCUCAUUAGAUGGCAAGGGACUCGCAAACACGGCUGAGCCAAAACCCUGUGAGUCAUCCCCCUCUCUGCACCUGGGUAGGAUGUGUGUGGGAUGGAGAUGGGGCUCCAAAGAGGAUGACUUGGAGUGUGCUGUGAAGAGGAAUGCAAAGCAAACAAAAAACCCACUGCCUUCUGUGCACUUUGACUGUUCUCUUAAGCCAUAUGGACUUUGCUUUAAUUACUGAACUGCCAAAAUUUGUUUUCAGUCUGUGUUUUUUGUUUCUUAGACAAAAUUAUGUACGUGACUUUCUGA